GCGGUACAGAUUGGAUGAGGACGUAGGGUGCAUCUCGAGCCUGGGUGGUGGACCGUGAAGGCAUCAUGACGUAAAAUCUCCGCGACACACGUGUUCCAGAAUGGCUUCGGAAAGGCUGCACUUUCACGAGCUCGGCUUAGACGACCGAGUUUUAAAGGCGAUUGCAGAUCUGGGAUGGUCGCAGCCCACUCUGAUCCAGGAGAAGGCCAUCCCUUUGGCCCUGGAGGGGAAAGACCUUCUGGCUCGGGCCCGGACUGGGUCUGGAAAGACGGCUGCUUAUGCCGUACCUGUCAUACAGCGGCUCCUGGCCUCCAAACAGAGCGUUCGUGAGCAGGACGUGAGAGCUCUGAUCCUGGUUCCAACCAAGGAGCUGGGUCAGCAGGUUCAGACCAUGAUCAGACAGUUAACAGCGUACUGCUCGCGAGACGUCCGAGUAGCCGACAUCUCUGGCAAAGCUGAUCUGUCCACACAGAGGCCCAUCUUAAUGGAGAAGCCUGACGUGGUUGUAGGGACACCGUCACGUGUGCUGGCCCACCUCAAUGCUCAGAACCUGGUCCUGCAUUCAUCUCUUGAGAUGCUGGUGGUGGACGAAGCCGACCUGGUCUUCUCCUUUGGGUUUGAGGCAGACCUGAAAAGCCUGUUGUGCCAUUUGCCCAAGAUCUACCAGUCCUUCUUGAUGUCUGCUACUCUCACAGAGGACGUUCAGGCCUUAAAGGAGCUGCUGCUGCACAACCCUGUGAUCCUGAAGCUACAGGGAUCGCUGCUGCCCGACAGCAGCCAGCUGCAGCAGUACAGCAUAAUGUGUGAGGAGGAGGUCAAGUUCCUGCUCAUCUACACGCUGCUGAAGCUGCAACUGGUUCGGGGAAAGACACUGGUCUUUGUGGGGACAGUGGACAGAUGCUACAGGCUCAAACUAUUCCUUGAACAGUUUGCUAUUCCUGCCUGCGUGCUCAAUUCAGAGCUGCCAGUCCAGUCCAGAUGUCACAUCAUCACCCAGUUCAACCAGGGGUUCUACGACUACAUUAUUGCCACAGACGAGCAUAGCUUGGCUCAUCCCACUGCUAAUUCUGAGAUAACUGCAGGCAAAGGAAAGAAGAAAGCCACAGGGAAAGGAAAGACUAAGGACAAGGAGUAUGGAGUCUCCAGAGGCGUGGACUUUCACAACGUAGCCAAUGUCAUCAACUUUGAUUUCCCCACAACCGUUGAGUCCUAUAUCCAUCGAGUUGGACGAACGGCGCGAGCAGACAACCCUGGCACCGCUCUGUCGUUCAUCUCUCGCACUGAGCUGAGUUUGCUGUCAGAGGUGGAGGAGGCUCUUACAAUAGAUAACACAGAUUGUGCUCUAAAACCUUACCAGUUUAAGAUGGAGGAGAUUGAAGGCUUCAGGUACAGGUGCAGGGAUGCCAUGCGCUCCGUGACAAAGCAGGCAGUGAGAGAGGCCAGACUGAGGGAGAUCAAACAGGAGCUGCUCAAUUCAGAGAAGCUCAAGACAUAUUUUGAGGAUAACCCUCGAGAUCUGCAGCUGCUCAGACACGACAAAGACCUCCACCCUGCUGUGGUCAAACCCCACCUGAAGAACGUACCAGAGUACCUCAUUCCUGAGACCCUGAGGGGUGUGGUGAAUCCACUUGCAAACAGAAGGAGGAAGAAGAGAAAGGUGACAACAAAACCUGAAGCAGUUGUGAAGAACAGUUUCAAGAAGAAGUCCCACGGGAAGAACCCACUGAAGAGUUUUCGAUACACAGGCGGGAGGAACAAAAAGAGCUAAGCUGACCACUAACGGAUGCAGUUGUGGAAGUGGAUCAAUCCUGGAUGUUAAACAGCACAGACAUUUACCAGGACCAUAGCUAAGGAAGAAGUUUGAACUGGGACUGUGGAUUCCUUACUUUGUUUAGGUGGUUGUGAGGGAUACAGAAUCAUUAUUGCCUGUGUUCUGGAUUCAUUAAAUAUCUUCCUCACUUUGCAAGUUUUUGUAUGUUAGUUCUGAUGAUAAUGACACUGCUGCCAUGCUAAUAUUUAGCAGCUAACAUCCAAAGUGAGAUAUCGGGUUUGAAAUUCUGUCUGCACAGACUAAACAAUGUAGAGUACAGUUAUUUAGAAACUUUAUUUCAGUCAGAUGCAUUUAGCAGUAAAGUAAAUGAGUAACACAACUUCAAAGCCUUGAAAGUAACAAAGAUGUAUAUUUAUUCUCAUGGAGACGUAACUAAAUGUAUUCUUUUAUUUUUGUCUUAUUGGAUUGGUGCCAAACAGUCUCUGCUCAGCAGAGCCUUUAUUUUCCAGAUCAUUUCCUCAUAAUGAGUUUUCUAAAACAAACGUCGCUUCUGCAUAUUAAAUUCCUCUGAAAUAUUCAA